AUGCCUCAAGCCUUCGCCGACGAGGCCGGGUUGCGCGAGACUUACGCCCCCGUACUGCUGAAACGAAAGGCCGCGCGCCUCCGCAGGGAGACAGGCGACUUUCAGUACCAGUCCAAGAUAUCGACCGGGGACACGCCGCGCACCACCAUCACAAAGGCUCUCGUUCGGCCCACCAAGAUGUUCUUUCGCACCCCAACCGUCUUCUUCUUCGUCGUCUACACCGCCAUGGUGUACGAUUACCUGUAA